AGAUGGCGCGACGCUACAGGAAGACGAGAAUCGUCUGCUCCACGGGAGCGCUCUCGAGAGUCCACUCCGUCGUUCCACGUUCCACAACAGCGGGGGAGGCUGGCGAUCCGUCAGGCGCUCCGAACAUCUGUCGCCUGAGCACGAAGACACCAAAACAAAGUUCCCGACGCCGGCAACGUGUAUAGCUACUCCCCCGAAGGUCCAAGUUCACCUCAGAGAGACAGGUCGUCCGGCAUCGUCUACUUUAUAUCUCGGAUUACAGGUCCACCACGUUCAUCAUGUCCGCCGGAUACGAGUACGACUAUGCGCCGGUGUACAAGCCCACGACGACUCCGCUGGAACGGAACGGACAUGCGGCCAACGGCGCCAUCCCGGACGACGACGACGAUGACCCCCGGAACCACGGGGCGAACGUGGCGGUCAUGGGCGAGGGCACGGUGCAGCUCAAGCGACGCGUGGGGCUACUCAGCGGCGUGGCCCUCAUCGUGGGCACCAUGAUCGGUUCCGGUAUCUUCGUGUCUCCCAAGGGCGUCCUGGAGCGGUCGGGCUCCGUCGGGCUCAGCCUCAUCGUGUGGGCGGGCUGCGGUGUGCUCUCGCUCUUCGGCGCGCUCUCUCUGGCCGAGCUGGGCACGAUGAUCCACAAGUCGGGCGGAGACUUUAUCUACAUCCUGACGGCGUUCGCGGGCGACCCGCCGGCCAAGGGAGGCCUGCGUCCGGUGCCGGCCUUCUUGCACGCCUGGACCACGGUGCUCCUGCUCAAGCCCGCUGGGCUGGGCAUCAUGGCGCUCAGUUUCGCCAAGUACCUGGUCCAGCCGGCUUUCCCCAACUGCAACGACACACCGCCGCUGCCCACCAAGAUGAUCGCUGCCGGAUGCAUCUGUAUGGUGACGUUCAUCAACUGCUUCAGCGUCAAGCUGGCCACUAGGAUACAGAAUAUCUUCACCGUCACCAAGCUAGUUGCUGUUGCCGUCAUCAUCAUCGCCGGAAUGGUGAAGAUCUCCCAAGGGCACACGCAGUACCUCGCUACGGGUUUCCAAGGCACUACAACCUCCGUGUCGGAAAUCGCCACCGCUUUCUACUCCGGGCUCUGGGCUUACGACGGAUGGAACAACCUCAAUUACAUCACCGAAGAACUGGUCAACCCAUACGUGAACCUUCCUCGGUCCAUCAUGAUAGGCAUCCCGUUGGUGACUCUCUGCUACGUCCUCAUCAACAUCUCGUACAUGAGCGUCAUGUCUGCCACCGAGCUGCUUGCCUCGGAGGCCGUUGCUGUGCGUUUCGGGAACCACGUUCUGGGGCCGGCCGCCGCUCUCAUCUCUCUGUUUGUUGCCGCAUCUACGUUCGGCUCGGGCAACGGCACCACUUUUACGACUGCCAGGAUCGGAUUCGUAGCCGCCAGGGAGGGUCAUCUCUCUGAAGUGCUCUCAUAUGCGCACGCCAGGAGGCUCACCCCGGUCUCCGCACUCGCUCUUAACUGCAUCUUGUCCAUCUGCAUGGUUUCCCUGGCGGACAUCGGCAGUCUGAUCGACUUCUUUAGCUUCGCGGCGUGGAUGUUCUACGGGGCCACCAUGCUGGCCCUCAUCAUCCUUCGCUGGACAAAGAAGGACGCCUACAGACCUUACCGGGUGCCAAUCGUGAUUCCAUGGAUCGUGCUGGUGCUCUCCAUCUACCUGGUAGCGGCGCCUAUCAUUCAAAACCCGCAGGUGGAGUACGUGUACGCCUGCCUCUUCAUCGCCUCUGGCAUGUUCUUCUACGUGCCCUUCGUCCACUACAGGCUACGCCUGGGCAUCAUGCGCAAAUUCACCAUCUUCGUACAGCUACUGCUCAACGUUGUUCCGACGACGUAUACUGACAGUACGCAAGACUGAAAGCGGCCAAGACAUCAAAUGUUGUUGCCGCCUUUUUUAUGUAUACAUAUAUUGUUGUUUUACUUCCUUUUCUACAGACACGCGCGCGCACAUUUGUAGAGCGCGGUUUUCUAGUUCAAAACCACGCCACGAGGGAACCGUCCCAAGGCGCCGGAACCAAGCCUGUGCCAUGUUUUCAGACGUCACGUUGCGUCAUUCCGGCCCUUUUUAUGGGGCACCGAGACUGAUUAGCUGUCGAAAAGGACAAGCUGGUUUCUGGGAAAGGGAGCUCUCGCAUGCGCAGUGCGAUGAGAAUUUAUAAUACUUUGCGACUGAUGACAGGAUGCGGGGUGACAUGUUUUAUUCUGCCCCAAAAUUACUUCACCUUGGGGAUUUCCCCUGAAUAAUUACUUUUCCGACAGCUGUAUUCAUAUCGUAUACGUUCUUUUCGCUCGAAUCGAGGAACCAGAACACACAUGAAAAAGAACGCCACUCUGCCUUGUCCCGGUAACGAAGCGGGACAAGGUGUGCUACCGAGCUCAGGCAGACGUCUUGUAAAGUGGCACCUUGUUGAUCACUCCUUAGCCCCUUGGCCGGCGUCAUUCGUCGUUCAACUGUAAAGUCUGCGGCAAUAUGAUCUGACCCAGUUGAGUGUUAGCUGAAAGGGGUAAAAUGCGGCAUGGGUUGCUUUCGGCAUCCUAAGCUCUGGAAUCGACUGCUACAUCGAAAUAAUAAAAAAUGUGGCAGUCCAUUUCAGCCCCCUUUGUCUUAAAGGGGCUGUGCAACGAUUCUAACGUUGAAAGAAUUUGCAACUUGUAUUUUUUUAUGUUGUUUAUCUUGGCACAAGUGAGAGAAAACGCACCACCUUCCCCCGACCACUGCAACUCCACUGCGCAAUCGUAAGGUGUGUUGUAUACCAUAUGUUUGUAUACUUCGUGUAGACGAGUCUAGGGUGUGUUGGACUUAGCUUGGGAGUGUGUUAGGGAGACGUUGGGGGUCUGUGCAUAAGUCAUUGGGCGGCAAUGCGUGACAAUAUCCGUUCUCCACCUGUCGGCAGCAGACGAAACCGUGCUGCUAUGGUGGCUGUGGCUCGAAGUUGUCGAAGAAAAUUUGUUUCGCUGCUUCUGCUCGAGUGUUGUACCACAUAAAACAAAAUCACAGGUGCCAAUGAUAUAUGUACCGGUGCGAAGUGUUAAUAUACAGUGUGCGAGUUCUAAUGUGAAUGAUUUAGAAAAGAAUCGGCUUGCUUUUUUAUAUUAUUUUUUUUUGGGGGGGGGGGGGGGAGAGGGGGAGGGGAGGGGUCGUUGAGCUUUAUAGUAAUAAAAUUUCGCCCGGUAUUCGCGAGUGCUCACAUUUCUGGGAAUAAAACAAAUAAGCAAACAAUU